AUCCAAAUUAGAGCGUUGUAACAAACCCUAGCCAAAUUCUGCUGCCGCGAACUGAAUUAGUUGUUUAUCGUCUGCCACCGGCAUCCGCCAUGGCUACCACUACUGCUCCAUCCCGUCAACUUUCUCAAAAGGAAGCUGACAUCCAGAUUAUGUUGGCUGCCGAUGUUCACCUCGGUACCAAGAACUGUAACUUCCAGAUGGAGCGUUACAUUUUUAAACGCCGCAAUGAUGGUAUUUAUAUCAUAAAUCUUGGAAAGACAUGGGAUAAACUUAACCUUGCUGCUAGGGUCAUUGUUGCCAUUGAGAACUCUCAGGACAUCAUUGUUCAAUCUGCAAGACCUUAUGGACAAAGAGCUGUUCUCAAAUUUGCUCAAUACACUGGAGCUCAUGCUAUUGCUGGAAGGCACACUCCUGGAACCUUCACUAAUCAGCUACAAACUUCCUUCAGUGAGCCUCGUCUUCUUAUACUCACUGAUCCAAGAACUGAUCACCAGCCAAUCAAGGAAGCUGCUCUUGGAAAUAUUCCUACAAUUGCUUUCUGUGACACCGAUUCUCCUAUGAAUUAUGUUGAUAUUGGAAUUCCUGCUAACAACAAGGGUAAGCAUAGCAUAGGGUGUCUCUUUUGGCUUUUGGCUAGGAUGGUUUUGCAGAUGCGUGGUACUAUCCGCCCUGGCCUUAAGUGGGAUGUGAUGGUGGAUCUAUUUUUCUAUAGAGAACCAGAGGAGGCCAAGCAGCAAGAGGAGGAUGAAGCUCCUGUUCCAGACUAUGGCAUUGCUGACUUCAAUGCUGCUGCUAUUGCCAGUGAUGGCCAGUGGCCUGCUGCAAUCGAUCAACCAUGGACUGAUGCUGUUCCACAACCUAUUCCAGCAGUCCCUGCUGUCAACUGGGCUGCUGCCCCAGAAGCUGUUGCAACCGGGGACUGGGUUGAAGCUGUUCCACCUCCACAACAAAUACCUGCUCCUGGUGUUGAAUCUAUCCAAGCAACUGGCUGGGAAUAAUAUCUGGUUUUAUCAAGUUUCAACUUGCAAUUUAUUUUUACGUUUCCUUUCUGGAUCACCUUUUUUCGGUAGCUAUUUCUUACUUGUUUGGUAACAUUGGCAGAGAUAUUGUUUAUGGGCUGAGAUGUUUGGUAAAGUUUUAUUCUUUUAUGGUUAAUGCAUUUAUAAAUAUGUGAAUCUGAUGAGAUGAUUUCUCUCUCCCUGUUCUCUCCCUGUUCUUGGCCUAAAAAUUUAUGUAUUAUAA